AUGAGUGCUGACUCAAUGAUCAUGGCCCCGUCAUUACAACUCCACAGCCCUAUGGAGUUUCAAAUAUACAGGCAAUUAGAGCCUGACACCAAGAUCAACGAUCUGCCAGUAUUUGAAGAGUCUAGUAUUCGCAAGAUUUGCAAGCUCGGGAGCGGAUGUCACCAUGACGUCUACCUUGUUUCAACGCAAUCUAGGCAACAGCUAGCGCUAAAGUGUCUAAGUCAAAGCACAGUUCCGAAUCAAGAGCUAUCUGCUGAUCUCACAAGUGAUUUGAUGAUGGAAGCACAAAUUCUUGCUGGUCUCGACCACGAGAACAUUAUCAAAGUUCGUGGGGUCUCUUGUGAUCCAGUGGAAAGCGGUAUGACUGGUUCCGGGUACUUCUUCCUCAUGGAUGUGCUGUCUGAAUCUCUAUUUGACAGAGUCCAACGAUGGUCUAAAGACGAGAGUUGUUUCAACGGAAUCAAAUCGUCCAUCUUGGGAAAGCGGAUGAGGAAGCUUGACCCCAAAAAGAUGAUGAGUCGCAUGGAAACUGUAGCCAUUGGAGUGGCACAGGGAAUGGCAUAUUUGCACAACAAAGGAGUUGUUUUGCAAGAUCUCAAGCCGGCAAAUAUUGGGUUUGAUAUUGAAACAGGACAAGCUCGUAUCUUCGAUUUUGGAAUGGCUAGACAUGCUCUAGACCUAUCGAUGAACAAGACCGCAGAGAUCUGUGGGACACCCCGUUACAUGGCCCCUGAAAUCAUGAAGGGCGAGACACCGACAAAAGCAUCCGAUGUUUACUCCUUUGGGUGUGUCUUGUACACCCUUUGUAGUCUCAAGGUGCCCUUCCGCAGUUUUGCAGCAAAAGAGAACGAGCUCGAAGAAUUCAAGGCUAUGGUGAUUGCUGGUGAAAGACCAUCCUUAAAAUGCAUUCCCUGCCCUCUGGUUCGCAGCUUGAUUCGAGAUUGCUGGGCUCAAGAUUCACUUGAUCGGCCAACCUUUAACGAGAUUGUUGAAGAAAGACUACCUGACAUUCGCACUGAAUGGCGCAACAACAGACACAAGAAGAAGUCAAUUAAGAGAACCAACUCUGGUUCCUUGAACGAUUCCCUUCAUAGCUUGUUCCGAAGCGAUUCUGGAAUCACCAUCUCUGUCAAGAGCUCGUUGUAA